GGCGCCGCCGCGCCCGUUGGGCCUCGCGCUGCCGGGAGGGCCCCGGCUGCUGCCGGGCGCCGCUGCCGGGGCCGGGGCGGCGGGAGGAGGAGGAGGAGGAGGAGGAGGAUGCGGCGGCUGGGGCGGGUGGCGCUGCUGUGCCUGGGCUGCGGCGUCUGCUCCCUGCUCUACGGCUUCAGCCAGCUGGCCCUCUCCCUCGAGCAGGAGCCCGGCGGCCGGCAGCGGGACCGGGGACCGGCGGGGAGGAGCGGCGGGGCCGGCAGGUGUAAGAAUUUGUCUGUAUCUUUCUGGAAUUCCUAUUGGAUGCUGCCCUCUGAUGUUUGUGGAAUGAACUGCUUUUGGGAAGCUGCUUUUAGAUAUGAUUAUAUGAAAGCACAUCCUUCUGAGAAAAUGCAUCUAGCAGUGGUUGCCUGUGGUGAAAGACUGGAGGAGACUGUUACUAUGUUGAGAUCAGCCAUUAUCUUCAGCAUCAAACCUCUCCAGUUUCAUAUUUUUGCUGAGGACCAAUUGCAUGAGAGUUUCAAAGAUAUACUUGAUGACUUACCAUAUGAAGGAAAAAUUAAUUACACAUUAUAUCCAAUAACAUUUCCAACUGAGAGUGCGACAGAAUGGAAGAAAUUGUUUAAACCAUGUGCUUCACAAAGGCUGUUCUUGCCAUUAAUCCUCAAAAAUGUGGAUUCCCUACUGUAUGUUGAUACUGACAUCCUGUUCUUGAGACCUGUCGAUGAUAUUUGGUCUUUUCUGAGAAAGUUCAACUCCACCCAGAUUGCUGCAAUGGCACCAGAACACGAAGAACCUCGUAUCGGGUGGUACAAUCGCUUUGCUCGGCAUCCCUAUUAUGGAGUAACUGGAAUAAAUUCUGGAGUCAUGUUAAUGAAUAUGACACGUAUUAGAAGAAAGUAUUUCAAGAACGACAUGACAACAGUCCGGUUACAGUGGGGAGAAAUUCUUAUGCCUCUGCUGAAGAAGUACAAAUUAAACAUAACAUGGGGUGAUCAGGAUCUACUGAACAUCAUGUUUUUUCACAAUCCAGAAAGUCUGUAUGUCUUUCCUUGCCAAUGGAAUUAUCGGCCUGACCACUGCAUUUAUGGAAGCAAUUGUAAGGAAGCUGAAGAAGAAGGUAUAUUUAUUCUUCAUGGAAACAGAGGUGUUUACCAUGAUGAUAAACAACCAACUUUUAGGGCUGUCUAUGAAGCAAUAAAAAAUUAUACGUUUGGAGAUGAUCUAGUUCAUUCCCUGUUGCGGCCCCUAGAACUGGAGUUACAGAAAACAAUGCAUACAUACUGUGGAAGAGUAUACAAAGUGUUCAUAAAGCAGCUAAAGAAAAGCAUAAGGGACUUGUCUGUCAGAAGAUCAAAGGGAAGGUGAUUCUAACUGCAAGCUCUUAAAUCAAGAGACUGAAUUAACAUACUGCUCAAAAGGUGCAACAGUUCUAAUGUGGCUUGAAUCGGCUCUUAAUGUGCCCAGAUAAGAGUUUACUAGCAUACGUAAAAAUGAAGAAAAUAUUCAUGUAAUGAAGAACAGAGACUUUUUCUGCAGAGGUGAUUUUUGGCUCUUUUGAAGUUUAAUCACUGCUAGUGUUUAUCUUGGAUCUGAUGAUUUGGGUGAUACUGACUUCUAAGGUCAGUAGUUUUAGUCUGCUUAAUUCAGUUAUCUCUAAUGAUCAAACAAACAAGGGAGAGGUGAAGAUGGCUCAAUUUGGAAGUGUACCUCAUUGUCUAAAAUCCUGUUAAACUGUGAAUGUAGCAAUAACCAAGUCAGCAGCACUAACUUCACUUUAAAGGUGUGAGCACAAAGUUGUUUACAAGUGCAGAAAAUACUCUGUUUUCAAAGAAAUGUGAUAUUAAUCAUUGACAAUCUGUGUGCCUUUAUGUUCAUCUCUUACAUGUUGGAAUCCUGUUUUGACAAUCUUGUUUUGCUUAUUGUAGAUGUAAACUGCACACUAUAAAUAGGAUUUUCUGAGACAUGGAUAGUAUGUGAUACUAGUUUUCUCUAUCUGUAGAUAUUGAGACUUUUAAAAAUAUAACAGCAUUUGUUUUAGUAUUAUUGAGCCAUCUAUCCCAAAUGAUAUAUCCAAGUUGAGGGGGUUUAUAUUUUAGCAACAAUUCAAUAUGAAGUUAUUUUUCUUACAACACUUUUUAAAACUUAAAUGGUUUUGCAGAUUUAUAGGAUGUUUUGGAAGUAGAAAAAAUGGUGGAAAGCUGCCUCUGUUGUAUUUUUAUACUAAGAAUCAUUACUUGAUGAUUGUUACAGAGUAUUUAGUACCUAAAAUUGAAGAACUGUAGUAAAAGUUCUGAUAUUUCAUCAGAUUUUAUAUUAGAUAGUGGUGUUUUUUUUUUUUAGAGAUAUUCUGCAUAUUUUUUAAUAACGUGGCUUUAAAAUAGUUUUGGGCCAGACCCUUGACUGUAUGCAUUAAUGUCAGUAAGGUGAUACUGAUUUACAACAGAUAAGGAUUAGGCUUUCUUUAGAUAUCUUAGUGAAAAAAACAUGUUCUGUUUAUGUAAUCAAAUUUCUUCUUAGAAAGAAGCAUGAAGAAAAAGGCUGACUUGUAAUGUUACAGUAAAAUAUUUAAACAUGCAUGGUAUGAAAUGUAUUUGUAAAGUAUACUUGAACUGAACUUGGAUGAACUGAGAUGAAGUCUUCAUAAAGUAAGUUUUCAGAUUCCAGAAGAUUCAGAUUCCUGCGUGGUGAACCUUGGAGGAUCCACUCACUGAGUUGCACCUUCAUCCCAACUAUAUUUGAGAAGUUUAAUUUUUGUGGCUGUUUCUUUGCCAAAGGCAGACUGGCUCUGAAUCUCAGAUCCAUGUGAGCUGAGCUGGAUGAAUGCUUUAGCAGUACAGAAGCACACUCCAUUGUAAGCAGAGUUUGUAUUCUGCUCCUAAUCUCCCUGCUGGCUCAGGGUGUAAAUUUGUGUGAUGGUAAACAGAAAGUCUGCUGCGCAUGUAGUUACUGUUUCUUUUCCUUGUUAUAUGUAAUCUUUCGAAGUCUGAAACUCUAGAAAUCCAUGUGAAGGUGAAUACUGUUAUUGUCUGAUUUUACAGCAUGCAAUACAUUAUUUUUUUACAUAAAUACUGAUUUUAUAUCAA